UUCAUACAUAACCUAAUUUUCCAAUGUUUUGAUUUUUUGUUUUGUUGUCAGUAAAAUUGUAUUAUCUUGCACUUUACUCAAAUUUCUGUAUAAAACCCGUGUGGCAUGCCUAUAUUUUACGUUAUAUGGCUGAAAUUAGGGUGUAGUGAGAAGUGAAGUGCGUCUAAACAUAAAAGUUUUUAUUCAUUUAUCACAAAUCAAGAAAACAUCUACCCAGGACUUUCUAAUCCUUCCUGGCACAAUGUGGACUCAAGAAGGACAUAGUGGACACGUUUUAACUCUCGCCAAUAGUAUAAUUGGCGUAAGUAUCCUGGCUAUGCCCUAUUGUUUUAAACAAUGUGGCAUUUUACUUGCAAUUAUAAUUCUUUUGGUUACCAAUUUAAUAUCAAGAUUAUCAUGUCAUUUCUUGAUAAAAUCUGCUAUUCUCGCCAGAAGAAAGACAUUCGAAAAUUUGGCCUACCAUUUAUUUGGAGAACUGGGAAAGUUUUUUAUUGAAGUGGGAAUGAUUGGGUUCCUAGUUGGAACAUGUAUAGCAUUUUUUGUUGUAAUGGGAGACCUUGGACCAGAGAUUAUUGCUGAGAUAACUGGACAAGACACAACAAGUACAAUGAGAUCUACAAUAUUGCUGGUACUCGCAUUGUUUUGUGUUUUACCACUUGGACUUCAAAGGAAUGUUGAUAGCUUGGUUGGAAUUUCCAAGGCUACAAUUGGCUUCUAUUUUGGUUUGGUGGCAAAAAUAAUCAUUGAUGCAAUUCCUCAUAUUUUUUAUGGUGAUUGGUACAGCAAUGUACAUUUAUGGAGACCCGAUGGAGUGCUGCAGUGUCUCCCAAUAUUUUCAAUGGCUCUGUCUUGUCAGACCCAACUGUUUGAAAUUUAUCAAGUAGUUCAUAAUCCUAGUUUAGAGAAAAUGAACUCUGUUAUAAAAAAUGCUAUUAAUAUUUGUACUGUAGUGUAUUUUGCAGUAGGUUUUUUUGGUUAUGUAGCGUUUGCAGAUCAAAAAUUUACUGGAAAUAUUUUGUUAAGUUUUGAAACAUCUUUAGCUACAAGUUUUAUAAAAUUAGGAUUUAUAUUAUCUGUAGCAUUUAGUUUUCCUUUAGCUAUAUUACCUUGUCGGGCCAGUGCACAUUCCUUAAUAUAUAGGCAAGGAAUUUGUGAUGGUACAAGUAAUGAUUAUAUACCAGACACAAGAUUUAAAGCCCUAACUUUAAUAAUUGUGGGGAUUUCUUUAGUUAUAGGAAUACUUAUUCCAAAUAUUGAAUUUGUAUUAGGGUUAGUUGGAUCAUCAAUAGGAAUUAUGAUUUGCAUAUUAUUUCCAGUUAUGAGCUUUAUUUAUGUCUCAAAAAAAAAUACAAAUGAGAUGCUUUUGGCUAAAGGUAUACUGGUUGUUGGUUUGACUAUAAUGAUUCUGGGCACAUAUGAAAAUUUGCAUCAUUUGGAGAAGCUUAAUAAUAAUCCUGUGGUUUUUACUCCAGCAACUGAGAAACAUCAGCUGAACUUGAUUAAUAAUGAUAUCUCUAAAGAUCUAAAAAACAAUGUUAUAAAAGAACAUCUAAACCAUACUAAGUUGGUAAUUAGUAAUAAAGUAACAGAUAGUCCAGAAAUUAGACAUGAACCACCUCAACCAGUUGAGCAGUCUGACUCCGCAGAUCAGACUGACACAAAAGAUUCAAUAAAAAAUUUUAAAAAGCCUAAGGAAGUAAAAUCAAUAGUUUUGGAUUUAAGCAAUGACCAAAAAAUAAAACCUAAAGAAGUAAAAGAAGUUGAAACCUCAAAAACAAACAUAACCUCAAGAAAUUAUUCUAUUCCAGAUCUCCAACCUAAGUUGGAAUUAAAAGAUAAAAUUCUAAAUGAAAGGGUGGAUAUAGAAGCUAUUAAAAAAGAUGAUGAAGAAAUUUUGCUUGAACACAAAGGGGAAGAUCAAGCAGCUAUUAAAGAUCACCAAAGUAUUCUAGAACAAAUCCAGAAACAAAAUGCUGUUCAAGAGGAAAUAGUUAAGCAACAAAAGAAGCUAAUUGAAGCAAUUGAAAAACAACAAAAGGAAAAAGCUGAAGAAGAUAAGCUCAAGGCUGAAAUUAAAGCAGUGAAAGAAAUUGAGAGUAUUGCUCUAAGGGCUAUAGAAAAAAUCAGUGGAGACCCAAAAGAAAAUAAAAAGAUAGUUGCUGAAUUAGAAAAGAAUGUUCAAGAAAAAGUGAUUGCCAAUGAGAAUGUACGUGAACAAAAAAAUAAUGUAAGUACUUCAGUAUUGCAAGAAGCAAAAAUUGAUGAGUUAAAACAAAUGAACAGCCUAUUAAGUGCAAAAAUUAAGGAAAAUAAUGUUACCCAAAAACCUUCAGAAGGAAAAAUACCUUUGGAGUCAUUGGAUGUUAAUGUUUUACCUAAUAACUUAACAGCUAAUAAAACUAACAUGGGUCCUUUGCUUGCUAACCUUGGCCAGGAAGAAAUCAAUGUACAAUUAAAACCUGGUAAUAAUAGAAGUGCACUUCCUCUUCCUUUAGUUGUAUCAAUAGCUAAGGAACACAUAGCUAAUUUUACUAAUGUAACAAUUAAUUCAGGUAAAGCAUUAAAAUUAAACACCUCAGAUGAAGUAAAAAAGAACAAUAUUAAUAUUGAAGAUGAAAUUAAAGUUAUGAGAAGAGAUAUACUUAGUUAUGUAAAUACUAGAAGAAGAAGAAGGUAAAAGGAAUAGUUUUAAAAAAUAAAUUGUUUUGGCUUAAUAUUUUUUAAGACUGAUUGUUGUGAUUGUUGAGUCAAAUUUCCCAAAGUAUUCUUCAUUAUUAUUUUCAUCAGGCAUGUAUAGGUUCAUUGUUAAAUAUAGUUUGACACAAUGAAAAUGUAAAUAAAAAAAUUUAAUAUAAUAUGUGGAUAUUAAAGUAUUUAUUUAUUUAGAAUCA